CAGCGCGCAGCCUUCCCGGCGCCGGCAAACAGGGUUUUGGGAAUUCUCACUUGCUUUGGCUCACUCUCCUUCACAAAAACCACUGGAUCUUACAUGCUUCUGUAACCCCACUUCCACUCCAUGGUCCCAUGAUCCUGUGCCAGCAACAGGACAAGUUCUCUGGAUGUCAGCUGAGUUACUAAGGUAACUCUAGCGGUCAAAAGGCAAACCUUGGUAGAAUCCCAAGGUCCUUGGAAGCAUCUAUCUCUCCUCAUUUUUCCUUUCUUUUUUUUAAUUUUUGGCUUGUGUGUCUCCACCGAACAUUCAAAACUGUUUCUUCAAAGGGUUUUGCAAAAACUCAGACUGUUUUCUAAAGCAGAAACACUGGCGUCCACGGCGGAAGCAAUGGGCAGUGUGCGAACCAACCGCUACAGCAUCGUCUCUUCGGAAGAAGAUGGCAUGAAGUUGGCCACCAUGGCAGUGGCCAACGGUUUCGGGAAUGGCAAGAGUAAAGUCCACACGCGACAACAGUGCAGGAGCCGCUUUGUGAAGAAAGACGGGCACUGCAAUGUUCAGUUCAUCAAUGUUGGUGAGAAGGGACAGAGGUACCUGGCAGACAUCUUUACCACCUGUGUGGACAUUCGUUGGCGAUGGAUGCUGGUUAUCUUCUGCCUAGCCUUUGUGCUCUCCUGGCUGUUCUUUGGCUGCGUGUUUUGGUUGAUAGCCCUGCUCCAUGGGGAUCUGGAUGCUUCUAAAGAGAGCAAAGCUUGCGUAUCCGAGGUCAACAGCUUCACGGCUGCUUUCCUCUUCUCCAUUGAGACCCAGACAACCAUCGGCUAUGGUUUCCGGUGUGUGACAGAUGAGUGCCCAAUUGCUGUUUUCAUGGUGGUUUUCCAGUCAAUCGUGGGCUGCAUCAUCGACGCCUUCAUCAUCGGUGCAGUCAUGGCAAAGAUGGCAAAGCCAAAGAAGAGAAACGAGACUCUUGUUUUCAGUCACAAUGCUGUGAUUGCCAUGAGGGACGGCAAGCUAUGCUUAAUGUGGAGGGUGGGCAAUCUUCGCAAAAGCCACCUUGUGGAAGCUCACGUGCGGGCACAGCUCCUCAAAUCCAGAAUCACUUCAGAAGGGGAGUAUAUCCCCUUGGACCAGAUAGAUAUCAAUGUUGGUUUUGAUAGUGGAAUUGACCGCAUAUUUCUAGUGUCCCCUAUCACUAUUGUCCACGAAAUAGAUGAAGACAGCCCUUUAUAUGACUUGAGUAAGCAGGAUAUUGACAAUGCAGACUUUGAAAUUGUUGUCAUACUGGAAGGCAUGGUGGAGGCCACCGCCAUGACCACACAGUGCCGGAGUUCAUAUCUGGCCAACGAAAUUCUCUGGGGUCACCGCUACGAACCCGUGCUCUUUGAAGAGAAACACUACUACAAAGUGGACUAUUCAAGAUUCCAUAAGACUUAUGAGGUACCUAACACUCCCCUUUGUAGUGCUAGAGACUUAGCAGAGAAGAAAUACAUCCUCUCCAAUGCGAAUUCAUUUUGCUACGAAAAUGAAGUUGCCCUCACAAGCAAAGAGGAAGAGGACAGUGAAAACGGAGUCCCAGAGAGCACCAGUACAGACUCACCUCCUGACAUAGACCUUCAUAACCAGGCAAGCGUACCUCUAGAACCCAGGCCCUUAAGGCGAGAAUCGGAGAUAUGACUGGCGGAUUCCAUCUUUGGAAUAUUUACGUCGCUACACAGUCUGUUGUUGGUCAGAGGUCCGAGACAGUUAUACAGACCAUGGUACUGGUCGAGAGGUGGGUGAAGGCGAGUAGCCACGAGAGACUAAGGCUAGCACAAAGGCUUCAAGGAAAGACUGUAAGCGGGAUGACUGAUGGCAAGCUCUUUGCAGGCCUCCGAGCCACCCGAUGGCACAUAUCCGUUGUAGGAAAGGUUGUGGGGUUUUAAAUGUAUUGUUUUGUGUUUUCUACAAAACUUGAAUAUGCAGGCAAGCCUCAGUUUGGGAGUUUAGUUUAUCUGGAAUGCUUCUCUUUAGGGGAACAAGAAUGAUUUUAAUGGCAUAACACAGGCAAGACUCUGCCUUAAUUUUUGAAAAGCUGCUAACUACAUGAACACAAACUGUAUUUUUGUUGCAGUGUAGGUUACCUUUUACGUAAUUUUAAAAAGUCAGUGUUGAACAUGGUUGAAGGCGCACAGUGUGCUUCAAAGUGUCAAGUAUUUGGCUAUUGACUGCCAAAAUGAGAGCCUGAUUUUCUGAGGCCAGUAAUUUUGUUUUGCUAAAGUUGAUCUCUUUGAUCUCUCUCUCUCUCUCUCUCUCUCUCUCUCUCUCUCUCUCUCUCCCUCUCCCUCUCUCCACUUUCUUGUUAUGUAAAGGUAUUAUGUAACCCUAGCCAAAUGGUAGCCUCUGGGUUUUAUUCUUUUCCUUCCCACUACACUAAUAGGUUAUCUCCAAUUUUCAGUUAGACUACCUAAAAUAAAUACCAAAGAGAAUGCACAUCUUUUUGCACAGUGGAGUUUAUAUUAACAAGGAAACAAAGCCCCAUGGGUUGUCUGGGAAAUCCAGAGACCCUAACUUUGAGCCUCAGCAAGAUGUUGAACAGCCUGCCUGUUCAUUCUGCACCUUAGUCUGAAAGAGAAGAAACAAAGUCGAUAAAUGUGUGUUUUCAAUUUUGUUCUUUUGUGCAUCCUUCUUAUUUGAAGGGGAAGGGGAAGGGGAAGGGGACAUGGGUCACACCCACAUACAGGCUAUCCCAAUGUCUUUCUUUCCCUGAUAGGUAGCGUAGGUCAGGCUAAUGUAUUCAAAGGAGGGAGAAAGAGAUACUCCACUCAGAUCGUUCUGAGCUUUUCUCUUUCUGCACAUUCCAAGGUCUUGCUUGAACUUGGUUGAUAACCUGGCAUCCUACAAACAGAGCCAUCCAGCAUGGAAGAUAGAUUUAAAAAUUUUGCAACCGAAUUAUGGCUUUGACAGUCAGGAAAUUUCUAACUUGGUGUCACAUUAGGAACGAUAUCUGGCCUCCAGGCUUGUCCUGCUGAGGCAUCUGCAGAGAGAGACAACAUGGGCUGAGUAUGCCAAAGCAGGGGAUUUCCGUGUGUGUGUGUGUGUGUGUGUGUGUGUGUGUGUGUGUGUGUAUGUGUGGGUGCUACUUCAAUGCAAAAAUCUACUUUACAAAGGAGAAGGAAGCUGCCUUUUGAAUGGCAGAAAAGGGUAGGAGAGAAUGUCUCAGUAUUUUUAGGGUCUUAGUGAGCCAUACAAACACAACACAAUUACAAGCUAAUGAGUUAGGAGUCUAACGGGUUAUUUCUCUCUGUGUACACACUCAUGACUAUUAUGAGCUGGUCAUUGUCUCUUGUAAAGUCCCGAAACAGGUUACCAAGGGCACAUUAUUUUCUAGAAUCCUCUUCGGCCUUGUCACCUGACUUGAUGAAAACACCUCUCUCCACCCCCACUCUAGCCCAAUAAUGAAACUCUCCCCCCACCUUUCUUUCUUUCUGUUUUAAAGCCCCCCGCUUGUGCAUCCCAGGGUUGCUCAUUUUGCCUUUUAGUUUGGAGUCUGAAAAUCAACUCUCGAAUGGUAUUAUACCCUAAUAUGCCAUUAAAAAUCAGCUUGUUCUUGAAUCAUGUAUUUUAUUUCAGUCGAUGUUUGUGCCGGUCUGUGGCUUGUGAGCAGCCGUAUCUGAACGCAGGGCCUGUUUCUGCUGUUAUCAACUGUCCUAAGUCCAACGGGUGGGUAACUGUGGGUGUUAUUCUCACGGAAAUCAAGAGGGCAGCGUUGAGAAAGGGUUCAUCAUUGUACAUCUGCGUUUAAAGGCAGGGUUAGGAAGUUGCUUGAAUCGGAGUUGGAGGGGUCGGUUGAAGACAAAGGGGACUGGCUUGUGACAGGCCGAGGCCAUGUGGAGGGCUUCAGGUGCUGCUAUUAAGGAGAUUUGCAGAGGAAAAUUAUCAAACCAAAGAGUAUUCAGUGGAAUGUAAAUCAAAUGAAGAUGCAGUGGAGAACUGGGGUGACCACCUGGCGGUCCCUCCAGACACACAGUGCUACCAUUAAAAAGACUUGAGUUAUUUGAAAAGGGGUGGGUCCAGGGGCAAGAAAAGAGGGAGGGGAGUCUUUCAACUUAUUUUUUAAAAAGAAGAACGCAUCUAAAAUUUCUGGUGCAUAGGUUUGUUUUUCGUUUUUUUGUUUUUUUUUUUUCAAGAAACUUUUGCAGAAGCUACAUUUUUUAAAGUGUACAUUUUAUAAAGUUUAUCAGAUAUUUUCAUAUUUAAAGCCAAAUGUAAAUAGAAAUCUGUAAAGGAAAAAAAAUACCAUAGGAGGUAUAAUUACAGCAGUGAUUCUGAGAGCUAGCACCUGUUAUGCUACCGGUUAGCAUGGUUUUAGCGAAUAUUACCAGCCUUUGGAGGUUUGUUUUGGUAUGUUCUUCUGUUAUUUAUUUCAGCAUGGACUGUUCCUUUCAAAAGCUUUUUUGUAGUUAUUAGCAUUUUAAUAGUUACGAGCUUUAAAUGGCUUUUUGUUUCGUUUUCUGCCAAGAGCCAAGACAUAGGUAAUGCACGGCAUUUCUCCCUGCAUUUUUACCUUCAGAAUAUCUGUCUUUGUUGACUGGGCCUCCGGAGCUAGUGCAUACACCUGCCACUAGUAUGCAGAUGGAGAGACUCACCUUGAACAUCUGGGCUUUAUUCCCAGAUGCCCAAUGCUUCUCUGCUGCGAGCAAAUCCCUCUAGGAUGUAUUCCCUUUUAAAGAAUGUAUGCCCGUGUCUGGAUGGGCAUUAUAUAUAUUUUUUGGAGGGGGGAGGCAUAGAUUCCUGGUUAUUCUAUUUUUAAAUAAAAGGUAGACAAAGUGAAUUCUAUUUUGAUUAUCGAGAAAGGAAUAGUUUUCUAUCCCUCUAAGAGUAUACUUGAAUCAGACAUUUCUAGAAUGUCGUAGAGCACUGUAGUCAUUUCCAUAUCCCUAGAGAAAGUUCCUUUGACUCCAUUCUCGUUCUGUUAAUGCGUUAUUCGUUGUCUUUCACUUCCUCUCUCCCUCAAUCUUGCUGUGUGUCUGAUGACCUUGGUCCCCCUUGCAGACAACGAAUGUCAGCUCUUAUCAUAUAAUCAGUCACCCCCUAAAAGCAAACGGUUCAUCCUUAGGGGUGGCUUAAGCUCCCCCUCACUCUGUUUAACGAUGUUAAGGUGGAAAGUACAAAAGGCUGCAUUACUGCAUCCCCUCCCACAACCUUCCGUAAACUAGAGUUUCUUUCCUUGGAAUGUUAGGUUUCAGCUCCGGGCUUUGGCGAGUUGAAUAAUCCUAGCCUUUGACAAUCAUGAUAGUUAUUAUUUUUCCCAUUUGCCAUCUUUUUGUAUCUAAAGUCUUCCUAUUGUACUGCACAAACCAUGGGUUGUACAUAUUUUUUUAUAUAUUAUGUCUUAUUUUAUUAUUUCUAAAUAAAAAUUAAAAAAUGAAAAUGA